AUGUCGGAUUGCCUUAAAAUAAUUGAUUCUGUUAAAGUAUGGACACCUAUUAUUCCUAAUUCUUAAUUAAUAAUUUUUCCAUUUUCUUUAAAACAAUCAAAAUGGGAAAUAAGUAUUUUUAUAUAACCAAACGAGGCUUUACUUGUUGUUGUAAUUGUAACUUUAGGUAUUUUAGCAAUUUUAGCUGUAAUUAUUGGAUGGCAUCAUUACAAAGAAGAAUAAGAUGAUAUAUAAACAUAAGCAUAAUUUUUUAAACUCUUUAGAUGA